UAAAAUGUUUUCUUUUUACUGGCGACGCAUUUUCCUUGGAAAAAUCAUCAUCUUUAUAGCUCUCUUGGUACUGGGCUUCUAUUUGUUGUUUUUGAGACUCACCGCACUACCGUUUAUGCGACGCACCUUCCGGGAUCGCAAUCUCUUCGAGAGGCCGCGCUUUCGUUUGCAGCAGAAUGGAGAUUAUUGGAUCGUGCACGACUAUAUAGUGGCUGAGAGCUCGGAAUUGCACGGCAAUCAAAGUGUGACAUUGAUCAGCCAUGGCAGAUACGACGACUUAAAGGAUCUAGAGUGGUUGAUGCUACGCUGGCGCGCACCCAUCAGUCUGGCGGUGUUCGUGGGUGCGGAUGACUUUGAGCCCACUUUGUACAGUCUCCAGCACCUGAAGUAUUGCUCGAUUUAUGCCUCUAGCUUCAUCAAAUGGGUAUCCGUGCAACUGGUCCUGGACAAUAAUCAUCUAACGGAUGAGGUGCGCCGAAUGGAAACGACUCGAACAUGGGGUUUUAAAUGUCUUUCACAAGCGGAAAUGGAUGCCAAAUAUAUGCCAUCCAUUGAUAUCACUGACAAGUGCAAGUAUCCCAUUAAUUUGCUCAAGAAUGUGGCACGUCAGAAUGCCCGAACACAUUUUAUAUUUCCCUUGGAACUCAAUUUGUUACCGACACGAAAUUUUGCUAAAAGUUUUCUUCAAUUUGCACAGGCGGCACAGCUGCGAAACCCCUUUCGAAGCGUCUUUUGUGUGCCCAUCUUUCCCUACAACAGUCACAUCCGACCACCACUCACUCCACCCAAAUGGAAAUCAGAUCUAUUCAGUUAUGUGCAGCCCUAUCUCAAUGGUACCGAAGCACUGCCCGCCAUUGAGUAUUACAAACGGAAAGGUCUUGAAGGUUGGCUUUACGCAUCCGUCAAUGAGGGCAAAAUUAGUGUUUUUCAAGUCGGAAAUUCACCCGAAAAUUGUGCAGCCUAUGUAAGCACGAGUUUCUAUGAACCGAUGUACGAUCAGCGAGAUUUGGAUUCUCCUUACACAACGGAUAGCGCAAGGCUGCAAGUUCUCGUUGGCCUGGAAUUUGAUUUUGUCUUAUUGGAUGGUUCCUUUCUGCUGCAUCGCCUCGGCAUUAAUAAAUCGACGAUGUUUAGGAGCAAACAUGAGUAUGUUCAACCGAAUCAAAAUCAUAUACGAGAAAUAAUCAUGCUAAACAAUCUUAUAAUAAAAGGAGUAUAAGAAUGACGAACUUUCUUCUCCACAAUUUUGA